AUGUGCCUGCCCCCCCUCUCCGACACCCUCUCCCUCCCCAAAAUCCUCAAUCUAAACCUCGACUCCUCCUCCUCCCGAUGCUCCUCCCCCUCACCACCACCACGAUUCCACGAUCGCCAUCACCACCACAGCCACCACCAUCACUUCAGCAGACGACGAAGAAGAUCGAACAGCACAUGCAGCACCUGCAGUGAUACUUCUACAUCCACAUCCACAUCCACUACCACCUCCAUCUCCAUCCGCCCUCCACCGCGAAGCUAUCAUCCCCCUCAUCCGUCUCGCAAACCUCCGCCACCACCUGCACCUCGAGAGCGAGAUACUCACCGAACAAGUCGGACUAAGAUUCGAGACGUCGAGGAGACAUUCAUCCCGCUUCCGCCUGUAAGACCAGUGAGGAUUGCAAGGCCGUGGCCGCGCCCGCCUCCGCCGGUGGUUAUUGAUGUGAGGGAGAGGGAGAGGGAGUACCGUCGGUUGCCGGAUAUGGAGGCGGAGGAGGUGGAGUGUGUGGGGGUGUUUGAACCAGAGGAGGAGCGGGAGAGGGUGGAGGAGUGGGUGGUUAUGAGGGAGAGACGGGGGUGGAGGAGACCUAGUGGUGGUACUACUAUUAGGGAACGGGAGAGGUGGAAGGAGGUAGUUGGGGAAGAUGAAGAGGUGAUUGAGGAAGUGGACAGGGUGGAGAAGGAGGAGGAUAGGAGGAAUUUCAAUAAGCAACUAAGUUCUCCCUCCCAUGGAACCAAUGCGAAUCAUCAUGGCUGGGCUGUACUGCAACCGGCCGAUGACCUCAAUGCCCAUCCGUGUCCUCCGCAUGACGUCACGGUCUUUGUCCAGCUUUCCAGAGGGAAUCGCAACCUCUCCCACCGAAGGAGAAGCUCAUUGACUGCUCGUCCCCGGUUCCGCUUCUCCACGCUGCGCGGCUUUCAGCAGCCCGAGUUGAGCAAGAAGCUGAACCAGGUCAUCAAGAACGAGAAUGCUGCCAUUGGUGCCCAUGAGAAGGCCAGUCGCGAGCGCGUGUCCAUUGCGUCCCAGCUGUCCGAAUGGGGUGAAUGGACUGACGACGAUGCCGUCGCCGAUAUCACCGACAAGGUGGCUGUCUUGAUGGCUGAGAUCGGCGAGCAGGAGGAUACCUUCGCUCAGUAUCUCGAGGAAUAUCGCAUCGUGCUGAAGCAGAUUCGCGACACGGAGAACUCGGUCCAGCCAUCCCGCGACCAUCGGGCCAAGAUUGCAGAUGAGAUCCAGAAACUCAAGUGGAAGGAGCCACAUAGCCAUAAGAUCGAUACCCUGGAACAGGAGCUGGUCAGGGCGGAGGCUCAGAGUCUUGUUGCCGAGGCGCAGUUGACUAAUGUGACCAGGUCGAAGCUCAAGGAGGCAUUGGAUAUUCACACUGCUGCGGUCAUUGAACGAAACGAGAAACAAAUCUUGCUUGCUCGCCAUGCGCGUCGCGUUUUGGAACUGCUGGACGACACCCCUGUCGUUCCUGGUGACUCUCCCCACGAGUACGAUCGCACAUCUUCUACGAGACAAAUUCUCGAGGAGGCCGAGAAUGAUCUCCGUUCGUGGGAGAGCACCACCGUACCCAUCCAAAGUGCAGCAGGAGAGCUCCCAGACAGUACCCUUCUACCAACUGCUGCCCGUAGAGCUGCCAAUGGUCGCCCAUCAUAUGCGGCUGACACAGCGGUCUCGGACUCUGUGCGGGACGUCAAUGGUUCUGCAGAAGCUUCUUACGUUAAUGGCGCUGGUCCUGAGCGGUAUACAAAUGGCACUAGUGUUGAGCAAUAUGCCAACGGUACUGGCCAGCAGAGAUACGUUAAUGGCACCGGCCAAGAACGUUAUGCCAACGGCACUGGCCAGGAAAGAUAUGUCAAUGGGAACGCCGCGGAGCGACAAGUCAAUGGAACUGGCCGGGAGCAGUAUACUAAUGGUGGCACCACAGGAGCCUAUGCCAAUGGAGGCACUGCGCGAUAUGUCGAGGGAGUCGCGCCGGAGGAGUAUGAGGAUCGAAGUGCCACAGAAGAAUACGCUGGCCGUGCUCAGGAACAGAGCGCCACCGGUUUUGCUGAGCAGCAGUAUACCAGUCGUGCUCAAGAGCCGGUGGCCGCCAGUGCUGGCGAGGAGCGAUACCCCGGUCGUCCACUAGGGCAGGUCUUCACCAGCGCUGCUGAUGAGCGGUAUGCCACUGGUGGCACAGAGGGACCAUCAGUCCCCGCUAUUGAGGAACAGGCCACUCCUGCUGCUGCACAGGACCUAUACUCCAGCCAGACAGGCCGGGAUCAGGUGGUAGAUGGCUCUGUCCCGGAGGAAACUCUGAAAACACAGGACGAAGAGGAAGUGCCACGACCACCAGAUCCACGACUCUCAUACACCUCGCGAGGCUCAGAAGCUCCGCAAAUAAUCAGCCCAGUCCCGGUGCAGGCUCAGCCCGUGGCAGUCCCCAUCUGA